GUACAGGAACCAAGGGCCGUGUUGCAGGCGCGAAGCGGCGGCAUGUCUUCCGUCAGCGACUUGGAAGAGGAAGACGUGGGUGAGCCGCCUGUGGCCUCUGCUGCGUCGGCGGGUGGACGUGGCAGCGGCAUGGGUGACAUGGCGAAAAGCACCCACGCAUCCAAGGGCAAGAGGCUCUCAGAGGAGCGCAUCUACCAGAAGAUGAGCCAGCUGGAGCACGUCCUGCUGCGCCCGGACACGUACGUCGGCUCCGUCGAGCCCGUCACGCAAAACAUGUUGUACGACCCCGAAGACGGCGGCGGUGGCGGUGGCAUGAAGCACAGGAGCGUCACAUUCGUGCCCGGCCUGUACAAGAUAUUCGACGAGAUUCAGGUGAACGUGUCUGACAACAAACAGCGGGACAAGAACAUGGGACUGCAUCAAG